AUGUACAAGAACCAGCUUCAAGAGCUGGCACAAAGAAGCUGCUUCAACCUUCCUUCCUACACGUGCAUUCGGGAAGGUCCCGAUCACGCGCCGCGCUUUAAAGCCACCGUUAACUUUAACGGCGAGAUCUUUGAGUGUCCGCAGUAUUGUUCCACGCUCCGUCAAGCUGAACACUCCGCUGCUGAGGUGGCACUCGGUUCUCUCUCCCACCGUGGUCCUUCUCAUUCUCUCGCUGCAAAAAUCCUUGAUGAAACGGGAGUAUACAAGAAUCUGUUACAGGAAAUUGCACAAAGGGUAGGUGCGCCUUUGCCGCAAUAUACAACUUUCAGGUCUGGCUUAGGGCAUCUACCUGUUUUUACUGGGACGGUAGAGUUAGCUGGGAUUAUGUUUACCGGUGAACAUGCGAAGAAUAAGAAACAAGCGGAAAAGAAUGCGGCUAUGGCUGCUUGGUCGUCAUUAAAGCAAUUGGCGAAAGAAACUGCAAGCUCCUCAACUGAACCGGAGAACAACGAUGAACUAGAACAAAUCACCAUAGCACGGGCCUUACUAAACUACCGUCUGAAGGAAAAGAUGGCAAUGUCCAAUCCAAAUGCUCUGAUUCCAUUUCCAAAGAAGUUCCAGUUUCAAAAUCCCAGACCGACCAGUCCUCAACCUCGACCGGCAACAUCGAAGAUCCUUCCCCUAAUUUGCCAAAAGACAGCACCUCGUAGCAGGCAUCUCGCAAUGUCAUCAUCCAACAGUGAUCAUAAUUCCAAUAUGUCACCACUUUCUUCUGCACCAGAAAAUCGAUGGAUGCGUCGCCCAAAAUUCCCUGCAGCAGGGGCAGCACCAUAUGUUCCGAUUCGACAUAUGCGAUCACCUUGCCAGGGAAUUGCACCACCAGUUACCAUAAGGACUGCAAUACCUGUAUUCUCCCCGCCACCAGCUGCAGUGUCUCCUCAACCAAUGCAACCUCCUGUACGAGUUGCUCCUCCAAUCAAUAUUCGACAAGCAGUUCCUGCAUAUGCCGCUCCACAAGUUCGAAAAGAUGAACCUGUUCCCAUCAGCAAAGACGGUCUGGCACGAGCACUAUCUACCAGUCCACCAGUUCGAGUAGACGAACCCGUUCCCAGUGUCAAAGUUGAUCCAGCACCGGCAGAAAAUGCUACUCCACCGGUUCAAGUGGACGAACAUCUUCCUACCAGCAAAGUCGAUCCCACUCCACCACUUCAGGUAGAUGAAUCUGUUCCCAUCAGCAAAGAUGUGUCAGCACCUGCCGUUCAUAAAGAUGAAUCUCUUCUCAUCAGCAAAGAUGAUCCAGCCACAACUAGUGGUGCAGAUAAAUCUGACACCAAAACUGAGAAUAUUCCAGCAGAAUCCGAGACAGUGCAGAGAUUGGAUCAGCUGAAAAUUUGA